AUGGGAAGUCCUGCAGACUACGGGCCAAUCCUCAACGGAGUGAUGUGGUUUCAGGUCGUUCUCUCGUCCAUCUUCAUCGCGCUGCGUGUCUACACCCGCUACUACAUAAUAAGGAGUCUUGGGUGGGACGACCUAAUGAUGAUAAUCAACUUGGCUACUUUUGUAGCCUUCAUCGCCACCACUUCGGUUGGUAUCAGCUAUGGUGUCGGCAAGAAGACGGAAGAUAUCAUACGUCUUGGCUUGGAUAACUCAAAAGCUAUUUUCUGGGAGGCUAUCGGCCAGGGAAUUUGUGUUAUGGGCAUUGCGGCAUCGAAAGCUUCUGUCGCCCUUUUCUUACUGCGAAUCGUCUUACGACCGUGGCAUAUCGCUCUCCUUUGGGGCGUUAUCAUCAGCACAACAACCUUUUGCACCAUCACCACCACCUUGCUGUUCUUCCAGUGCAAACCAGUAGCAUUUCUCUGGGACCAGACCAUCCCAGGAGGACACUGUCCUAUCAACUUCACCGACGUCGGUCUGUCCAUGGGCGCCUGGUCAGCAUCAAUGGACUUCGUCCUUGCCAUCCUGCCCUGGCCCGUUGUUAUGGGCCUAAACAUGAAACGCAAAGAGAAGAUCACAAUCGCAUGCGGUCUCUCCCUCGGCGUCUUCGCAGGCGCUUGCUCCGUCGUCCGCACCGUUGAACUGCGUACGCUCGCCAGCAAAGAAAACUACGUGCACGACACGUCGCCCAUGCUCCUCUGGUCCUCGUCUGAGAUCUGCCUCACCAUCAUCUGCGCCUGCAUACCCGUCCUGCGACCCCUGUACGUUCGGAUCAUGUACGGCUCCCGAGGCGACUCGAGUGGAGCAAGCGGCGGUCGCAGCUACCAGCUCAACGAGUACUCACACAGCAAGAAGGGCAGUGUGGGGAAGAGGUUCGGUAAGCACGGGAGCUCGGGGAGUCGAGUCUACAUGGGUGCCGGUGCUAGUGCGUUGCAGACUACGGUCAAGAUGACCAGCGACAACGCAAGUGAAGAGACAAUUCUAAGGGAGUGUCAAAAGUACAACAUACCGGAGCGGGUGACAGAUGAAGAGAUGGGGAAGCCUCCAAGGAAGAACGACAUCAGAGUCACGACGACCGUCGAGGUUGAGGAGAAUGUUGGUGAGAAGUUUGUUAUCUGA